GAAUGGGAAUUUUAUUUUAUCUCUUGCUUGUGAGAUUGGUUAAAUUUGCUUUGGCUUUCUGAGCGAGAUUGGCUUUUGAACAGACAGUUCCUUCAAUUUGGGUUUAGCUAAAGGAAUUAUAGGUUUAUUUUAGGCCUUUAUUUUCUUGUCUCUUUCCUUUGUUGCUAUGGUAACCUUCCACAUCCCCUAAAUUGCCCCUCGUCUGACUGAUGAGUGGUCCUUUUUCUUUUCUUCAACAAGGCCAGUGCACAGACAGAGGUCGUUGUUUUGUUGUCUAUCUUUGCUUUUCUUUUUCUUUUCCUUUUAAUGUGUUUGUGUAACCGAGAAGGCCAGAUGACGGCAAAUUGAUCCGGGUGGUCACAGAUGGAGAUGUGUGAGUCGAGCCUGAGUGGUUCAGGCCUCUGAGUGUCACGCUUCUCACGGCCCUCCUGAAGUGUAGUUUUCAAAACAAUACACUUAUACCCAAGAGUCUUCCCUGUUCUUGUUCGCUCAAUGACUACUUAUUAUUAAAGUCUUAUCCAGGGUUCGUGUCACAGAGCAUAAACGCUCCUAUCAGAAAACGCUCGGCGUCGAAGCCAAUAUCAAAAAGAGGAAGUGCUAUCUUCUUCUCUGCCACAUCCUCUCAUGCGCUUAUCUUCCUUUUCAACCCUGUGACAUGUUAUUUUCUUUCAAGCCAACAGUUUUCAAAUUGAGUACAGCCAGACCUUUGCAUUGAUAGAAAUAACAAGAGUCUAUUCAGAUUGAGUACAGCCCUCCACUUCUGAUAUAUCGCUGUUUUGACACUUUGUGGAGUUGACAUCAGCUAAGGAACUCAAUUCUGCCGAGUCGCUCCCAGAGUGCUGAAGGUCAGCAGAGGUGAAGAUAUCACUUUGCAGAGGAAUGAUGGAGGAGAACAUCUUUAAUUAUCAGAAAGAAGAAGAGCCUGUGGAACUUGAGUCUUUUCAGGGGGAGAAGAGGAAACUCAUACAACCAACAUCUUUAAAAGACCCCAAACUUGAAAAGCUGAAGGAGGCACUGGUUGAUUGGAUCAAUAAGACUUUGAAACCCGAGCACAUCGUUGUUCAGAGUCUGGAGGAGGAUGUGUAUGAUGGACUGGUACUUCAUCACCUGCUGUCCAGGUUGGCCGACGUGCAUUUGAAUGUGGAAGAGAUAGUGCUGACCAGCACAGCUCAGAUCCGCAAGCUGGAAAUAAUCAUGGAGGAGCUGGGCAAGAGACUGGGCACGCAGGACAGCAGUCAGAUCAAAUGGAACGUCAAACUCAUCCACAACAAGGACCUUCUGGCCACCCUUCAUCUGCUUGUUGCCAUGGUGAGAUGUUUCCAGCCUGAAUUGGAUUUGCCCUCUGAUGUGAAGAUUGAAGUUGUAGUCGUAGAAGUCAGCAAAAGUGGAAUCAAAUCAGAUGUGCAAGUGGAAAUCUUAACAGAGGGAAGCAGCGACACAGACUCCCUCAGCAAUACGGAAAGGGAAGAUCCCAUCGAGCAACUGCUGAAGCUUGAGGCUCACAAGGUCAACACAGUGAAAAAGGCCCUGGUACACUUUGUCAACCAGCAUAUAUCAUCUCUGGGUCUGCAGGUGAUAGAUAUGGACAAACAGUUUGCUGAUGGUGUGAUUCUGCUGCUGCUGAUCGGACAGUUGGAGGGUUUUUUCAUCCCGCUCUUUGACUUCAACCUGACCCCUGUCAGUGACUCUGAGAUGCUUCAUAAUGUCACCUUGGCCUUGGACCUCUUGAAGGAUACAGGCUUUCAGCUCUCCAAUGUUGACCCACAAGAUAUUGUCUCUCUGGACACCACUGCAACCUUGAAAGUCCUCUACGCUCUUUUCAACAAGCACAAAGGGAAAUGAGAGAGGACAUCGUGUGAAGAGGAGCGGCGCAGCGGGAAAUACAGAAACGACCAAGUAGUGCGUUUAGCCAAUUACUAAAAGGUGAUUCUGCAGUUUUGAGAAGUUUGGCCGACGCUGUUUCCAGGCUGAAUUAAAGGAUUAAAGUUAUGUUCUGUAAAGUGAAGUGAAAUGAUGGUUGGAGGAUCUUUAGUUUGUGUAUUAUGAUGUAGACUAUGUGGCUUAAAUAUGUGGAUCGCGACAGCCGAAAGAGGGUUUGAAUAAAAAUCAUUCAGAAUUAUGCUUGAAUGACUCAAAGUCGAAAGCUCCACAAUCAUUAUAAUUUUACUUGUUGCAAGUUAAAUAACUUGUUGAAGCAGGAUUACAGCCUUACAAAUGUAUUUUUAAUGUCACUGUGUCUUUAAGAAAAAUAUGUAUGUGAACAUUUUUAUCUCCAUAAAGCUUAAAGAGCGCUACCAAAAACUGGAGGAUUAGAGCUUCAGAUGCAAGUACUAAUACAGCAAAUUGCUUAAGCAAAUGAAAAUGAGAAAUAUUACGAUGUUGAUGUUUAUGCCUAAGCUGAUGCAAGUCAUUUGAUGCAAACAAAAUGUCAGUGACUGUCUUUUUAAAAUAAGAUCCAAAAUUGUAACGGUACCAAUAAAAGUCAAACAAGCCAUCGACAGUCAAACAGGCUUUUAAUAAACCUCAGGUUCUCUUUUCCUGUGCCAACGUGUAAAAAAUACGUAUAAAAGUGUGCCAACUCAAUAUGUCUUGACUGCACUAUUGAUUUCUUUACAACUUGUUUCAUCAUCUGUGUGUGUUUUUUGGUUGUUUUUAACUCUCAUGUUUUAGAAAAUAUAAGCUAUAAACAUAUUGUUGGUUACAAUGUAUUUAUAGCCUUCACUGUUAUAUAUUGCGUGCUGUAGCUGAAGCUGUAAGACCCAGUUUAUGAUAAUGUAUAAUAAUUACCAUUUCAACAAAGGAAGCUAAACCUCACACUUCUGUGAUUGCGUAUGAGCACAGCACAUUUAAAUAUAGCACCGUUAAAUCUGUCACCUGUUUACAUCAUACUGACAGUACAAGGAUCAAUAAAUAUUCAUUGACAGCAUAAAUCUACUGCAUAGAAGUUUUGUUUUGGCUCACUGGUCACAUUUGGUGUACUCUUGCCUAGCCCUUGUUUACCUCUUCUCUUCUUUUUUCAGUACAUUUCCGCUUCAGACUAACAGUGUUGGAAAAUGAGACUUUUCAUUCUUUGUACACCACACCCCUGGCUUUGGCUGUCAUUUCUCAAUAAACAAUGUGGAUUUC